UGCCCCCUUCCCUCUCGCUGCAGCGAUGAAAGCAGCGGAGAUAUUCGAGACAAACCCAUAGAUGUGCAAUAAAACCGUUUGGUAGAGCUGAGAAAACAAUCUGCCAGUAGUGAGUCUGGUGAGCUCGCAGCUCUGCCGUGGUCUCGUCGAAGAUAAGACCCGUUUCUGUGUGUGAGGGUAACCCGGACAAGCUGAGAGCGACAGAGAGGGAUUGUGUCGGCCCACUGCAGUCUGACUCACCGCUGACUCGCCCUGCUGUUGGCUCAUCAUCGACGACGUUUGCUCAUCGACGUGCGCAUCCUCUCGGAGGCAGAAAGCGACGGGAAGGGACGGACCCGAGCCCGCAUUUGACCCUGUACCGCAGCCCGAGGUGCGCUGCUUGGCAGUGCGUGCUAAAUAAUGAGCCAAAGGGACACACUGGUUCAUUUGUUCGCUGGAGGAUGUGGUGGCACAGUGGGAGCAAUUUUGACUUGUCCUCUGGAGGUUGUGAAGACCAGACUGCAGUCCUCCUCUAUCACACUCUACAUCUCUGAAGUUCAUCUGAGUACCGUGAAUGGAACCAGUGUGGCCCGUGUCGCGCCACCAGGGCCUCUGCACUGUCUCAAGUUAAUUCUAGAGAAAGAGGGUCCUCGUUCACUCUUCAGAGGACUGGGACCCAAUCUUGUGGGUGUGGCACCUUCCAGGGCGAUCUACUUUGCGGCCUAUUCAACAGCCAAGGAGAAGCUCAAUGGGGUGCUGGAGCCAGACUCUACCCAGGUGCACAUGGUGUCAGCUGGGCUUGCAGGGUUCACCGCCAUCACAGCCACCAAUCCAAUCUGGCUGAUCAAGACCCGUCUGCAGCUGGAAACCAGAACUCGGGGUGAGCGGCGAAUGAAUGCAUUUGACUGCUUGCGGCGGGUGUACCAGAUGGACGGCCUGCGAGGUUUCUACAGGGGCAUGUCGGCCUCAUACGCUGGCAUCUCUGAGACUGUUAUCCAUUUUGUCAUCUAUGAGAGCAUCAAACGUAAACUGGUGGAAUCGAAGGCCCACGCCAGCAUGGACGAAGAGGAGGAGUCUGCCAAAGAUGCUUCAGACUUUGUGGGCAUGAUGCUCGCAGCAGCUACCUCCAAAACUUGUGCCACCUCCAUUGCAUACCCUCAUGAGGUGAUCCGCACACGACUACGAGAGGAAGGCAGCAAGUACCGCUCGUUCUUCCAAACACUGCUGACCGUACCCAAGGAGGAGGGAUACCGGGCACUGUACCGCGGCUUAACCACCCACCUGGUCAGACAGAUCCCCAACACUGCCAUCAUGAUGUGCACCUAUGAAGUGGUGGUCUACCUGCUUAGCUGUUAACCCACCAGGUAUGUCUCCUUCUUGUUUGAAGAGGGAGACAGUUAGCAAAUGACAAGAAGGUAGCGUUAGUGUGGACUAAAUGUUGAAAUGAAGACCAAAGGAAAACCCAAAAUACUCUAGUGGACCAGAAGAGGAAAGAUGGACAAAAGAUGAAGAAAUAGGAGGGAGGAAAGCCAUUUCUUACCAUAUCAACAUCAUCAACUAAAGAUUUACGAGAGGUAAUAUGAAAUGGAUGAGGAAAGAGGCACUGGCAGGAAAGACAGGACAGAGUUUGACAUCUAUCAAACCAAGGGUACCUCUAACGGAAUACAUUUUAAACACAUUUCAGUGGCCUUAACAAGGGUUUUAGUUUACGUCCUUUUGUUUGAGUGGAGAGUGAAAAACGGCCUUUUCCAAUAGAAAUAUUGUGACGGGUAAUGCUUGGAGGCAACUCAAUUAGACAGGAGAGAUGAGAACUAAAUGUAGGUCAAUGUCAAACUACUAAAUGUAGGUCAAUGUCAAACUACAUUUGUCUACACUGGACUCGCUUCAGUGCUGUCAGACGGCUGUAAAACCAUCUGAAUCACCUGAACCACCCACAAAGUGUGGCUUCAAGCAUUUCUUCUGAACAUUGCAGUCGCCCCCAAGCUUGUUAUGGCCUGUCACUCAUAAAGAGUAAAUUAAAAACCUAUGCUGACAUUCAGUGUUUUACUCCUCUAUAGCUCGGUGCCCGGUGGUGACGGGGUUCGGGUGACGUUUGCCUUCAGUCUGAAAUAUGAUUGGCAUCCAAGGCCAGCUUCUGCCUGCACCCCGUCACUGCCCAGGACUUUAAAUUAUUGUGUGAAAACACGAGAUCAGUGUUUCCUUUUUGAAAUGUGAAGUGUGUGAUUGUCCAAAAGGUACCAACACUUAAGUAUCAAUUAUUGGAGUGCCACUACUUGAAUAUAAUGUGAUGUGUGGGGAAAUGCUGCAGGAGAAUGUUGAUGGAGUUUCAUCAUCACUGUCUGUGUGUGUGUGUGUGCGCGCGCGUGCAACAUGUUGGUCACUACUCACCAUGAUGAUCUAACUAUGUUUUAAGAAUGUGUUUGUUCUUCUGCGGUCAUGUGUGCCUGCAUGUGUAAUUCAUAUCUACUUCAGAUUCCCCUCCACUAACGAUUAAUCUUUCAAGACCCUGUGGUUGGGAUGUGGAAAAGCUCCUGUAACAUACUGGCAGCCUUCAUUCCCAAUCUUAUGCUAGCCCUUCCUUCCAGUGGCUCCCAACUGACCUGAUAACAUGCACUUUUGUGGCCUUUUAGGGCUUGUGCUUUGCAUUUUCUUGUGUGGACAGUUUGAACUUGUACAUUGUAAAAGAAAAAAAGUGUUCCUGUAUAUCAAAAUGGUAUUUUGCGCAACUGUUCUUAUAGCAGAUAUAUUGUACAGUUUAGAGUUCUCAGUAGUUGUGAAGGAUAUCCAAACAUGUGCGUGUGUGUGUAUAUAAUAUAGAUACUAUAUAUGCAUAUCAUUUAUUGUUUUUGUUCUUAGGCCCAUGUAUGAUCAUGCUGUAGUUUGCAUUUGCAACACGUUAUCUUUUUUUGUGCAAUUUAACCUGGUUUGACAUUGACUGUUGACAUGAAUAUUGUUAUUGCUUGACUGGGUUUUCUUACAGUAUAAACUGUGAGUUCAUUUAUAUUGGUAUGUUGCUGUAAGCCGUCAAGCGAACAUUUGUGUUAAGACUAAAGCUAACAAAGGCUGCGAGAUAAAUACUUUUGUCAGCAUUUGUGCGUUGGUUAGUCGUUUUAGUGGUCCAAAAAAAAGUUCAAUUUUGCAAAGUUUGGAUGUUUCCGUCAUUGGUAAUGUUUACUCAUAGCAAAAUGUUUUGAACAUCAAGAUGGAGGUAUUUUAAUGUGAAAGUUUAACAACUGGAAUCAUCUUUACAAUACCGUACAGAGUUUGGACUGUCUAAAAAUAGAAAUGCCAAGCUAAUCUGUUACUGUGAAUUUACCCCUUUUUAAACGUUAAAGUUCAUUUAGCAUACAUCAAAAUAAUCUUUUGGAAAAAGUUGUCACAUGAAUGUUUGAAAUUGUAUCCAAGCACCUUAUCAAAUUAAUGUUUUAUAUUUAUUAUCAAAACAUCCUUUCGCAUGACAUUUAAAACUUAUGACCAGAGAAAAGCCCCCCCCCCCCCCCCCCAACAACCUCUGUGCCCACAAGUAUAAAAAAAGUAUUGUGUUUAUGUCACCAACUGUAGAACACCUGAAGUGUUAUGGACAUGCCGUUAUUGAAUGCUCUCAUUUCCACCCCCCCAUUGCAGUAUAAUUCUAGAGGCUAAACAAUGCCUGGGUCGUAUCUUGUAAUAGUUAUUGAUUUUCAGUCACCAUUGACAUUUUGCUAGCCCAGAAUUGCUUGAAAAAAAAAAAAGAGCUGACUCAUUUUUAAUGUCCAUGUUUUACUGUAAAACACUAAUCGUUUUUAUGUCUUUGCCUCCAUUACAGUAAUACUUGAGGUCAUGUUACCAAAAUGUGAAAUAACCAGUCAACUGGACAAACAGUACAGACAUGUCACUGUAUUUUGUAACUCAUGUCAGUGUAUGUAUGCAAUUCAAUAUCUUUCUCCUACAUGCUUGAACAGGAUGCGUUCUCAAGGAGGGUUAAUAAAGAUUGACCUUAAGAUUAGUUUUUUGCCAGUUCACUUGAUGAGGUUUUUGUUUGUUUGUUUUUAAACACAAAAGUAAAUAAAAAUCCACUUGCAACUAAAA